CAUGGCGUCUUCCCACAAUACCCCUUCCCCUUUCCCUCUUCCGGCCGAGGAUUCCGAAAUUACCCCUCCCGUCGACGGCCCCCGGACCACCGCUCCCUUGCCCGGAAGCGGCGGCGGCGACACCCCUCCCCAGGGCGCGGGCGCGGCUUCCGGUCGCAAGCGGCGCCGCCGCGACAAGCAGUUCCCCGAGAUGAUCCCCACCGCCUGCCUCCGUGUCCUCCGGCCCACGACCGCCCGCUCCGCAUCCGUCGUCUACAGUGAGAAGCUCAUCGACGAGCUGAUCCAGAUGCAGGUCAACGACGCCGCCCCACGGCGCCGCGGCCGCGGCCGCCCUCCCUCGUCCUCCCUCCGCCUCGCCCGCGAGCUCGACGUCGAGGCCCUCAUCGCCAUGGCCGUCGGGUUUCCGGUCGAUUCCCUGACUGAGGAGGAGAUAGAAGCCAACGUGGUCCCCGUCCUGGGUGGCGUCGCCCAGUCCAACUAUAUCGUCGUCCGGAACCACAUCCUCGCCCGAUGGCGCUCCAACGCCUCGGUGUGGAUCACCGAGGCCCACGCCAUGGAGUCCAUCCGGUCCGAGCACCGCGCCCUUGUCUCCGCUGCCUACGCCUUCCUCCUCGAUCACGGCUUCAUCAACUUCGGUCUCGCCCCAGCCAUCAUUACGGCCCCUCCGCGCCACCCGCCGUCCCUUCCUGCCCCCUCCGUCCUGGUCGUCGGCGCGGGCCUCGCUGGCCUGGCUGCCGCUCGUCACCUUCUCUCUCUUGGCUUCAAGGUCGCCAUCCUGGAGGGCCGCCGCCGCCCAGGCGGCCGUGUUUUUACCAAAACGAUGGAAUCUUGCGCCUCGUCGACCACUCCCGCCGUAGUUGCGACUGCUGACCUCGGCGGCAGCGUGCUCACCGGUAUCAAUGGCAACCCUCUUGGCGUUCUCGCUCGCCAGCUUGGCUUUCCCCUCCACAAGAUUCGGGACUUGUGCCCUCUCUACCUCCCUGACGGCCGGCCAGUGGACCGCGUCAUCGAUGCGCGUCUCGAGGCAGCCUUCAACCAGCUCCUCGACAAGGUCUGCAAGUUUCGCCAGGCUGUCACCGAUGAGCUCAAGUCCGUCGACCUCUCUCUUGGGACUGCCCUCGAGGCCUUCCGCAAAGCUUACGGCUUUGCUGACUCCUCGGAGGAAAGGAUGCUGCUUGACUGGCACCUUGCCAACCUCGAGUAUGCCAAUGCUGCCCUCCUCGCGGACCUCUCCAUGGUGUAUUGGGACCAGGAUGACCCGUAUGAAAUGGGUGGCGAUCACUGCUUCAUUCCUGGUGGCAAUGCACGCUUCGUUCGGGCCCUCGCAGAGAACAUUCCCAUCUUCUAUGGAAGGAUAGUCACCCGAAUUCAGUAUGGAUGUGACGGGGUGAUGGUGUAUGCCGAUGGACAAGUUUUUCGUGGCGACAUGGCACUAUGCACUGUACCACUUGGUGUGCUCAAGAAGGGCUGUAUCGAGUUUGUGCCUGAAUUACCCAAGGAGAAGCGGGAGGCAAUCAAAAGAUUGGGUUUUGGAUUGCUUAACAAGGUUCUGAUGUUGUUUCCCCAUGAUUUUUGGGGUGGUGGGAUUGACACUUUUGGGCACCUGACGGAGGAUCCAAGCAAUCGUGGUGAAUUCUUUCUGUUCUAUAGUUAUUCCUCAGUCUCCGGUGGACCACUUCUCGUCGCUCUCGUUGCAGGGGAGGCUGCAAUUAAGUUUGAGACCACGUCUCCAAUUAAGCAUGUUGAAAGGGUACUGGAAGUUCUGAAAGGUAUCUUUGCUCCUAAGGGAAUUGAGGUCCCCGAGCCCCUUCAGGUGAUUUGCACCAGAUGGGGGUCAGAUAGGUUUACAUAUGGAUCGUAUUCUUAUGUCGCUGUUGGUUCUUCUGGCGAUGACUAUGACAUUUUAGCUGAGAGUGUGGGGGAUGGGAGGGUCUUCUUUGCUGGUGAGGCAACAAACAGGCGGUACCCGGCAACAAUGCACGGAGCUUUGCUCAGUGGUUUCAGGGAAGCAACUAACAUGGCCAGGGCCACAAGGAGGAGGUCCACGAUGCCAGUGGAGAAGGUAGAUGUUAGGGAGGAUACUUCGUAUUUGGAUUACCUCUUUUGUAUUCCAGACCUCUCUCUUGCUAGUUUUUCAGUUCUUUGUGAUCCAUGUUAUUCAGGGCCUGACUCUACUUCUUUGUUGUGGGUGGGGACUGGUGAAAAAAUGGCUUCUGUCUCUCUUUUCCUUUGUAGUUUGAUUCCAAAGAAAAAUGAUUUGGGCUCGGCUGAAAUUGAUGGAGAUGACAAUGGACUGACCAUGUUAAAUCAUAGCUUUGGCACAAAACUAGUAGGGCGGAAUCACUUGUGCAGUGUUGGAGAUUUUUUUGUAGCCAACAUUAGAGUUGCAAGAGCAGCUAUCUUGAACACUUGAUCUGGGUUGAUCCGGGGAAGAGGAACAUCGUGCUCAAGAAGUUGUUUGGAUGGGGCAGUGGACUUAGGUGCAUCGUUCAGAAGAACAGAUUUGGUCAUUAAUUCAAAUAAUCUCAGUCAACUAGCAGAGCAGUGCAUAAGUCUACAAACUGAAGCAUGGGAACUGCAUUCAAUUAUUUUUAUGCCUAAACUUGGGUUUGGUGACACUCCGCGAUACUGCCCCUAUCUUUGGAUCUCCCAAAUCUGAGCUUGAAAGUACCACCACAAAUCAGCACCUCUUACUUUGUCACAAGUCUUUCUUCAAGGAAGAACAAUAACUCAAAACAAUUUCCAGAGUGCAGCUUAGAAUCAGACAUUAUACACAUAAUGGUUAUGCAACCAAUACUUACUGGAGAAGAAUUAGAAAAGUUUGAAUCAGUAAUGCUUCAUCCCCAUGGGGUAUGUGAUUGAUUGCCAUAUCAAAAUUCUUCAGAGAUAAGAAAGCUGUGACAUUGCCAUGAAGCAUAUGGGACAAGGUUAUCAUACUGUGGGCAAAUUCUCUUCUUUGUUAAGAAGAUUCUUUUAGCAAAAAUAUAUCUUUCUUCUUGUACAUGUGGUCUGUAAUACUCUUCUGCAAACAGUGAUUUCUUAUUAUUCAUAAUAUUUUGUCAUCUACAGUGUACUGAUGGUUAUAUUUUCCCUCUUUCCUGAUGAACAGCCAUUUUGUUCUUGGCAGUGCUCGGUAUGUAUCUUGCAAACCGAGUCAUCCAAUGUCCUGUGAAGUGAGUUGAGGCAGACACAACAAAAUGUAGCUCUUUUGGACUCCUGCGAUUGGCCGCCACAAUGGUCUGCUCUCAAUCCCUCGUGGCGUUUGUGAGAUCAUCAACCGGUGAAGGUGUUGGAAUCUCCUGCUGUGUCGCGCCGGGCAGCGAACUGGAAACGCCGGCAGGGCCCGGAGCGAACCCCGAACGGUGCCUUAUCCGCUGUGGGCCCCGCUCGCCGCGUCUUCUAUGGUCGUACGCCGUCCGAUCCGAAGCAUCGGACGGUUGCGGUCUCGUCCCACUCGAACCCGCGUCCGCUUAUCCGCGUUGGAAGCAUGGAGACGAGGAGCGAGAGAAGGGUGAAGAGAGAAAGGGGAGAAAAGAGGGGGGCAGGCCAUCGCCGUGGACGAGAAGUCCGCCCCGUGCUAGUUUCUCCCGCCGCCUCUCCUGUUCGCCGAACCGAAUCAUGGAGGGAAAGCCUCGGCGCGCCGCGCUGGUUUUCCUGGUCGCCUUUGUUGCCGUGGCGGCGGGCUCGCCGGCCUGCCCCAGGCCCUCCGUCGUAGACACGAUCCUGGGUCGGCCGGACUCUUGCUGGGAUUCGGAUUCUACGCUGCCUCUCGGUGCUUAUCAGAUCGGCGUCGUUGAGGGAGAUGAAGCUACUUUGCAGAAGGCAUCGAGUAUGGUGCAAAAGAACAGGGAGGACUAUGUGGCCCUGCUCUUUUAUGCAUCCUGGUGUCCUUUCUCUAAAAUUUGUCACCCAAAUUUCCAGAUCUUGUCUAACUUAUUUCCAACCAUCCGUCAUUUUGCAUUUGAAGAAUCUGUUAUCAGGCCAAGCAUACUCUCAAGAUAUGGAGUGCAUGGUUUUCCAACCCUUUUUCUUCUAAAUUCAACUAUGAGGGUGCAGUAUCACGGUUCACGAACCAGAAAUUCUCUAGUUGCUUUUUACAAUCAUGUAACAGGUGUCGGUCCAUCACCGAAACUGGUCUUCCUGGAUAAUGUUAUGGAUCCGCCAGAUGAUACUGAGCUCAAAGAAGACAUGCAGGAAAACUGCCCAUUCUCAUGGGCAAGAUCACCAGAGAAACUGCUGCAGCAGGAUGGUUAUUUGGCACUUGCGAGUGGUUUCCUGCUGAUGAGGCUGCUUUACUUCCUUCUUCCGAGACUUAAUGCAUGUUUUCAGCGAGCUUGGAGGAGGCAGAUGCGAUAUGCAAGCGUGAGGAAUCUCUGGAACUAUUUCCAGGCAUACACUGAACAAGCAAAGC